CUGAAAGUGAAUCUAAGCCAGCAUUCAUAAAUUUUAUCAAGGUGAUUUGAAAAAAGACAAACAUAAUCUGAUAAUGGCACGCAGUAUACAAGCAUUCCUAUUUAUACUCAUUGCUACAAAAGCUGUGUCCUCAAAUGAAACAUUCAAAGGGAACCAGAUGUAUCAAUCCACAAAACAAACAAAAUAUGCUGACGAUGCAACUGAUAGUUCAAGUUUUGAUGAGAAAGAAAAUGGCAUCUCAAAUGGGCCAAAACUCUGUAUAUUCAGGUAUAACAAAAAGAAAGAAAUGGUUUGUGUAUGCAAAGCAAAAAGAAAAAGCGAUCAAAUCACAUUGGCAGAAAUCCUAAAAUAUAUGGGUAAAACAUACAUGUUCUGUACUUCAUUGAGGUUUGAACACUUUAAGUUUGAAACUUUAGAAAAUGGGUCAUUUGAUGGAUUUAAACAGCUGUCACAGAUCUUUCUGUUCAAUUGCAGUGUUAUGGAGAUUGGAAGAGAUGCCUUUAAAAGCAACAGUCUCUUAACUCAAAGUAAUAUUACAAUCAAAAUUGAAAUGAAUCCUAUAAGACAUAUUAAGCCUGGUACCUUUGAUGUGGGCAAAUCAUGGAAACAAUUAUCACUCUGCCAAAAUCAGAACUUGGGAACGGAAAAUAUUCAAACAGUAUUUAACGAUCUAAGGAAUAAAACAGUUGAUCGUUUGGAAAUAAAGACAUGUGGAAUUUUUCUGAGAGAAUUAGAUAAAUCUUUUUUUGAACCAUUACGUUACUCCAGAAUUACAAAAUUAAAUAUGAUAGGAAACUCUUAUGGAAUAGUGACAUCUGAUGCAUUUGAACCAUUGGGGGCAUUUCUCCAAACUCUGGUAUUGUGGAAUUUCAUGGAUGUGCAAAGAGAUACAUUUGGGGUGUUUCAUAAGCUAAGAGGGCUUAACAUUGGUGGACUGACAGUGACUAGAAGCUCUUAUGCAAGGCAUUUACAUCUGCACAAUAUGACAGAAUUGCGAAGUCUCAGCAUCAACAUGGAGGGUUCAAGAGUUCAAGCAUUUGACAUGUCUGGCUUGGAACACUUGCAAUUAAUGCAGUUGACAAAUUGCGGUUAUGAAUUUGGGGCACACAUUAAUCAAGUGAUUAGGUUAUUGAACACUACAAAAUCACUGAGACUGAUAGACCUUUCAGACAAUUCACUUUGUAAAUAUACAGAUAGAGAUCUCUGUCAAAUAUUUGCAGGUCGUGUCUCACUAUAUAAUCUAUUGCUGAAAGACAAUUAUUUUACAAACCUCCCUACCUGCAUGUUUAAAGGACUUUAUAAUCUACAUUACCUGAAUCUUCAGAGCAACUUACUUCAAGUGAUUCAGAAAGACCUUUUCGAGGAUUUACAUCAAUUAACAAAAUUGGAUUUGUCACAAAAUGCAAUAACUUUUAUUGAUUCAAGCAAUCUUGAAAUGAUGACACCUUUUCAAGGGUUUAUGAAACUGGACAUUCGACAAAAUAACUUUGACUGUAAUUGUCAACUGAAAAGCCUUCGUAAUUGGCUAACAAUGAAAAUCAUGCAAAAGGGAUAUAAGUUUAAAUAUAAACAUGAAAAGUGUUCAUUCCCAAUUUACAAACAAACUGAAUAUAUCCACAAUUUUACAAUGACAUGGUUAGAGUGUAACACAAUCAAUGUUGUUCAAGUUUCAACAAUAACCGGAAGUUUGGUUUUAAUAGUCACCAUAGUAACACUUUUGCUAUUGAAGCAUUUCUGGAAGGAUAUCCAAUACAGGAAAAUGAUCAUACUUGCCCGCAAGCAUGAACAAGAUGUAAAUAUAGAUGGACUUCUCAUUGAACAUGAUGCUUUUGUAAGUUACCAUAGUGAAAAACAAUUGUGGGUUGAGAAUGACUUAUGUAAUGAACUUGAGAAUGGAUUAGACAUCAAGUUCAAAUUGAUUUAUGAUGAUCGAAUAAUGCCUGGUGGUUCAUUAUUCACCUCUUUGGGGUAUGCAAUUCACACCAGUAGGAAGAUUUUAUUUGUGGUGAGUCGUGGUUGGGUAAAAGAUGGUAUGAAUCAAUUUGAGGUGGACAUGGCUCUGUCUAAACUCCUAGAUGACUACAGGGACAUGAUAAUAGUUCUAUUAAUGGAACAUAUCCCUAAGGAUGAGAUGCCUGACAAAGUAAAGAUGAUUAUUAAGCACAAUAACUGUCUCAGAUGGAGUAACAAUGAGAAGAAACAAGCAAAGUUCUGGAGGGAUCUCAAAUUGGAACUGGGGAAACAUCACUUUGAGAUACCCAUACAAGAUGUGAGCUAUUAACGACUGACAAUGUUGAUAGCUUAAAAAUGUACAGUAUGUUAAUUGUUGGCUGAAAUCCUUAAAACCAGACUAAAAGCUGAUAAAAGAAAGUAUAAAUGAGUAUCCAAAUAGAUUCUGGUUGCAUAUAAAAUUUAAUAUCUACAGCUAUGCCAAGGCCCAUGUAUCAAAUCUGUCCAAAGAUCCAGAACUUCACCAGUUCUUCAAUUUUUCUUUUUUAUCAAAUUCAUUUUAGUCAAAAUUAUCUCUUAAAGAUUUCUGCAGUUGGCAGAUAUAUUUCAUCUACCUGCUAUGUGAAGACAAAUCCUGUAUCUUAAAAACAUGGCCAAGUCAGUAUGGGAUAAACUGAGUUACAUGAUUUGGCUCUCUAUAAUAAACUCAAAAGUAUGUCCAAUACCUGGUUCUUUGGCCUCUGGGUCAACUGGUUUCUUGAGACUGGUUUCUAUAUAAAGCGCAGAUCCACCUAAAAAGAAUUGUCAUUUAUUAUGUAAUUUUGUAAUAUAUCAUAUUGUAAAAUAAUACUUUUGAUGUUUGACACCAAAUUAGUUAUGAUAUAUAUAUUUCCAUAUUAUACAAUAAUAGUACAAUAAAGAUUCAAGCAUCUGUU